CUCCUUUCCACAAAUGACAAUUUCAACAUUUCAACAACUGGGUAUAGAUUGGUUGACAUUCAACCAGCAUGACCUGUCGUUCACGAUACGAAGACCUACUUGAGGCGCAACAACGCCACGACAUCAAUAAAAGCAAAUAUAUCGAACACAGCCGUCUUGGAGCGAUGAGUGAGCGACCUGGCGAAGUCAAAGCCAAGGACUUGACGGGAUGUGAUCUAGUUUGUAUCAGUACCUCCUUCGAGGAACUCUGUGAAUUUGUUAGAUCCUCACAGAACCCUACAUUCGGCAAGAUUCGCAGUCUCACUAUAGUUGUCAAUGGCGCCGACUGGGACGAAGCUCAGGAUGACCUUCUUGCCAUCGCUCUAUCCCCGCUGCAGGCCCGUGAUGCCUGGGGAUGCCCACGCAAUCACGAAUCGCGUCAUAAGCUGGAUACCUUGAGAAUCGUUGUUGAAGGAAACACUCUUUUCACAAGACGGACUUACACCCUUGUAUCCGCUGCUGGAUCUGAAUUUGCGCCACCAGAACUGAAGAGAUUCCAUGGCAAAGAAAGAGAUCUCCAUGCUAUUGCAACCACCCUUCCAACGCUCAAAAGCAUUGAAACGUACAGGAACUAUCCUAUCCAAUCGGUCGAAAAGCAAUUCUUUCAGGCUUUGUUCGAAAUCCGUGGCGUCAAGAAUGCCAUCAUCGAUGGUCCGAUGGAACCUGUACUUCGACUGGACGUGCAAGAUGCACUGACAGCACCAUUUGAUGCAUCAAGAACAGCAGCAGGUCGUUUGCUGAAAGAAUUCGCCACAAAAGACACAAAGAUCGAUUCCAGAAACUCAGAUGAUCUCGAUACAGGCCUCAUUGACUUCCAAUUCUUCACUAUGCGUCGGAUAGGCCAGGGAGACAAAGACGACCUCGAUAAGCCAAAUCCCGCACACUUGCGUGACCCAAAACACGACCCAAGAUACGGCACCAACGAGGCAAGAUUCAGAAGAGGUCUAAUGGUAAAGCAUGAACUCAAAGGAAACAUUAUCGCCCGGCCAGGGGCAACUGAUAAAUGUAACCGAGUGGUUUUAGGAUGGGACGCUCCACGACACUUGAGAAGGGCCAACUACAUCAGGCAGGAUUCGAAUUCUCGGCCUCAGCAAACCCAGCCAACGGUGGACUCUGCCAGCGAGAUGGAUGUGGAUGACAUCUAGCUGCAGUAAAAUAAAAAACUCCAUCUGAGAGUAUCGAGAUAUGAUUGGAUAUGUGGUUGUGGACAAGGAGAUGUGAUGCAGGAAUUCGCCAAUUCGCGUCACAGUCUUGGGAUGGCUGCUCAUACAGCGAUAGUGGAAGCAUUUAUGGAAUAACGUAAUUGUUCUUCGAAAUAGAUGGCACAGACAGAACGGAAAUUCGACAUAAGAACAGCUUCAUUGCAAUGAGUUCAUGAUUGAAUAGCCAGCCUAGAGGUCUUGGAGACUAUUAGAAUGGAAGAAACCAUGAUAAUAUUGGAGAACAGAAUGCCAGGUAUAGAAUAGAUGGUAUUCCUAAUUGUGGAUCAUUUCAAGGGCCGAUAAAUGUGACCUGGAUCAAAAGUGAGGAGCGCUUCCAAGUUUGAAUGGAUAGUGGAAUUCGGGCUUUGUUUGGUAAGGACAUUUGAGCUGUGCUUGAUCAUUUUGAUCAUAUCAU